UACGGUCGAUUCUUCAGAUUGCAACCUGCUCCCAUCAGAUGGCUCGAGCAGAGCUUGAUGAUAUGGCAUAUAGAUUCUAUACUAUGGGCUCGAGACAAGAUUUCGACGUAAAAAACUCUUCGUUUCAUGAAUUCUAUCUUGCGAAUCCUCAUAAGAUCUCCCAUAAUUUCGCGAUAUGUCAGGUAUUGUUGGUGACUUGGUCAAAUUGUGUUCGAGUUGAGCACUUUAGGUGUUACAAUUUUUCCCUUGAGUACCAAAACAACCUUCCUUCAAGACGUGUAUCAUUUGAUGAAAUCAUGUCCGAAUCGAAACUGUCUAUUGUGUUACCUCUGGAACUCAUCAAACUUUACAAGAAAUGGAUAACGGAAUUCUUUUAUCUACUGGAAACUAAGCGAAAUCGAUGGCCAGGCUCUGUUAUUCCUAUUUUGAAUGAUGUACUCAGGGAAGUUAGAGAGAAUUCUGAGACAUUGGAACAGUGCUGUGAAUUCUUAGAAAAUUAUUCAGGUCCCCCUUUCCGUAAAUCGACUGAGAAACAUCGAGUUGCGUUUGCUCCAGUACCCACAAACCUUCACGUUCACCAGUAUACCAUUGAUAAUCGAGCUACUCGAGAAGUUCUGAGUUGUGGCACAGCUUCUGCAUUGCCUCUGCGUUUCCAGUCUGGAGGCUUGACUCGCUUAUCUGCUUUGUUGGGAAUUAACCGGUCAUAUCAAGAUUUUCCGUUCUGGUCAAAAAGGAAGAUUCUUGUGGAUUUGAAGAGAUAUCUUGGACAAUUAAGUCACAGGUUAGACGUGGAAUGGAGUGGUACAGACUUCAGUGGACGAACAAAACUAUGUUCCGAUUUGUCAUCUAGAUUACAGGAAGUAGGAUGCUUUCUUUUUUUUUUUGUUUCUUUUCCUUUCAAAGAGUUUGAUUCACAAUGUUAUUCUAAGGCAUAUGAACAAUUGAACGAAAUAAGUGGUAACAUAUCUGAGUUAGACAUAUAUGCCGAUCUAUUGGUCGACGAGGAGAAACGGAGAUUUUCCAAGGGAGAAAAUGCAAGUUGUACCAUAUCUCAGAGUUUGUCCAAGCAGUUUUUUUCCAUCGACAGACAAGUACGGGACAGUCUUCAAAAUCAGAAGGAUACAAUUGACGUAAUGUUCAUAAGUUUGACUACGAAACUGGCUAUUAUGGAUAAGAUUAAUGAUGAACAGAAUUGGCUUGAAGUGGCUUACGUAGCCCAUAUUUACUUGUUUUUAUUGCAGAGCAAGAAUGAGCUUUAUGAGAAGUCUGCCCAUGAUGUUAUAUGCCUGUGUCUCGACAUGUUACUAGUACUGGCUGACUCAAUUUUGGAAGCUCAACUGCUUGGUUUAGUGAUGGAGGUCCACAAAAAUUCCAUGCUUCACCUCUAUUUCCACGUUCAAAUACGGUCUGACUUUGUUCUCUCCCAAACGAUCACCAUCGCUGCUACUGCUAUACUGAACACUGUUUACCGUGGGUGGCCUAUAAUUGAUGGCUAUGCAGGCGAUCUUCUCCUAACAGUUGCUUCGUUUCUUUCCGUUUAUGGUGAUGAAAAGGGAAUGGCAGAAGAUGCGUGGGAAGCUUGGCGUCAGUUAGAGGCCCGAGUUGCCUUCACGUUGAUACGAGCACCCUCUGCAGUUUGUCGCACUUGCAUCCCUCUUGUAUCUGGUGAACGUGCCACAAUUUGUGUUUCAAUACCAGUUCCUCAUGACGUCUAUGAUUCUCUUCCUUGUGAAUUAAAAGAUAGGGCGUCAAUCCUCGUUCACGUAGCGUAUUUCAAUAUUGGGGUCAACCAUGAGGCAACGUUAGGGCAGUCGUUUGGUGGUACUGCUUUGGAGACUGCAAUAAACCAGGAAGGAGCUGAGAGGGUCUUAUCUUAUUCAAAUCGAUUUUCGGUCGAUCAAAAUGCACGGGAAGCAGUUAUGGAGCUUGUCAACGUGGUAGCAAGUGAACCGUCGCGUAAAAACCUGGCCAUUUUCGAGUGGGCUAUGACUGCAUGUGAAUUACUGCGUGGGCAGGCUGUAAUUUGCUGUAAGAGUGGGAAGGAUCGCACGGGAAUGGCAGUCACAAUUGAACAGGGCCGUGUGUUUCGAGAGACUUGCGGACUUAAUGCCGUCCAGCUGCAAGAGGUGAUUGCUUCAUUGAGAAGAGACGGUGCUCGUAGAGAGAACUGCCGAAAGAAUGUGGGGAAAGCUGUUUACUCUUUUAGUCCCUUUCAAAUGCACUUUUUGCCAAAGACUUUUCGUCCACCAAAUGGAACAUAUGCUCAAGGAGUGUCCAGCUAA